AUCCUGUUUUCGUUGGCCACGCUCUGAUGGCGGUCACUGCUGGAACUCUGGCCAUUUCGUAGGGCCGGUCCUCGCUCGGUUCUGUGAGGACUUGGUGCCUCCCUCCUUUGUCCUCUUCACUGGUCUGCGCAUCGUCCCCAAGGGCUCAGGCCUUCCGCUGGCUGGCAGCAUGGGCAGGGAGUCUCGCCAUUACCGAAAACGGUCAGCAUCUCGAGGUCGCUCUGGAAGUCGGUCUAGGAGUCGCUCACCCUCUGACAAAAGAAGCAAACGUGGAGAUGACAGGCGUUCCAGGAGUAGAGACAGAGACAGAAGGAGAGAGAGGUCUCGGAGCAGGGACAAAAGGAGAUCUCGGUCACGGGACAGGAAGCGCCUGAGACGUUCCAGAAGUAGAGAGCGUGACAGAAGCCGAGAGCGAAGAAGAUCUCGCAGCCGGGAUAGAAGGCGCUCAAGGAGUCGGAGCCGGGGCAGGCGGUCCCGGUCCUCCAGUCCUGGCAGCAAAAGCAAGAAGGCUGAGAACAGGUCUAGGUCCAAAGAGAAAGCAGAAGGUGGGGACAGCUCCAAGGAGAAGAAGAAAGACAAGGACGACAAGGAGGACGAGAAAGAGAAGGAUGCUGGGAAUUUUGACCAGAAUAAGCUGGAAGAAGAAAUGAGAAAACGAAAAGAAAGGGUUGAAAAAUGGCGAGAAGAGCAGCGUAAAAAGGCGAUGGAGAACAUAGGGGAGCUGAAGAAGGAGAUCGAGGAGAUGAAGCAGGGGAAGAAGUGGAGCCUGGAAGAUGACGACGAUGAUGAAGAUGACCCUGCGGAGGCUGAGAAGGAAGGGAAUGAAAUGGAGGACGAGGAGCUGGACCCAUUAGAUGCCUACAUGGAGGAAGUGAAAGAAGAGGUGAAAAAGUUUAACAUGAGGAGCGUGAAAGGCGGCGCAGGAAAUGAGAAGAAGUCUGGACCGACUGUCACGAAAGUCGUUACUGUGGUAACGACCAAGAAAGCAGUAGUAGAUGCCGACAAGAAGAAGGGAGAGCUGAUGGAGAAUGACCAGGAUGCCAUGGAGUACUCCUCGGAGGAGGAAGAGGUUGACCUUCAGACGGCCCUCACAGGCUACCAGACAAAACAGAGAAAGCUUCUAGAGCCAGUGGAUCAUGGGAAAAUUGAGUAUGAGCCAUUCAGAAAAAACUUUUACGUUGAAGUUCCAGAAUUAGCGAAAAUGUCUCAAGAAGAGGUGAAUGUGUUUCGGUUGGAAAUGGAGGGCAUUACAGUUAAAGGAAAAGGUUGCCCCAAGCCAAUUAAAUCAUGGGUCCAGUGUGGAAUUUCCAUGAAGAUACUGAAUUCCCUCAAAAAGCAUGGCUAUGAAAAGCCCACACCAAUCCAAACUCAAGCAAUUCCUGCUAUAAUGUCUGGACGAGAUUUGAUUGGCAUUGCCAAGACAGGAAGUGGAAAAACCAUUGCUUUUCUUUUGCCCAUGUUUAGACACAUCAUGGAUCAGAGGUCAUUGGAAGAAGGAGAGGGACCAAUCGCUGUCAUCAUGACUCCAACUCGAGAACUGGCUUUACAAAUCACUAAAGAAUGUAAGAAGUUUUCGAAGACCUUGGGACUGAGAGUGGUCUGUGUGUAUGGAGGGACAGGAAUCAGCGAGCAGAUUGCUGAGCUGAAGAGAGGCGCUGAGAUCAUUGUUUGCACACCUGGCCGGAUGAUCGACAUGCUGGCAGCUAACAGUGGUCGGGUCACAAAUCUUCGAAGAGUGACGUAUGUUGUUUUAGAUGAAGCAGACAGAAUGUUUGACAUGGGUUUUGAACCACAGGUCAUGCGCAUUGUGGACAAUGUCCGUCCUGACCGACAGACAGUUAUGUUCUCAGCUACUUUCCCAAGAGCUAUGGAAGCGUUGGCCCGCAGGAUCUUGAGCAAGCCCAUUGAAGUUCAGGUUGGAGGCCGGAGUGUGGUUUGCUCAGAUGUGGAACAACAAGUGAUUGUGAUUGAAGAAGAGAAGAAAUUCUUGAAGUUGCUGGAGCUUUUAGGCCAUUAUCAGGAGUCAGGAUCUGUCAUUAUAUUUGUGGAUAAGCAGGAACACGCUGAUGGUCUUCUGAAGGACUUGAUGAGAGCUUCCUACCCUUGCAUGUCUCUUCACGGAGGUAUUGAUCAGUAUGACAGGGACAGUAUCAUAAAUGACUUUAAGAAUGGAACCUGCAAACUUCUCGUAGCCACGUCUGUUGCCGCCCGUGGUCUAGAUGUGAAACAUCUCAUUCUUGUAGUAAAUUACAGCUGCCCCAAUCAUUACGAAGAUUACGUGCACAGGGCUGGGCGGACUGGAAGAGCAGGCAACAAGGGUUAUGCUUACACCUUCAUCACAGAAGACCAAGCUCGAUAUGCUGGGGACAUCAUUAAAGCUCUUGAACUGUCUGGGACGGCGGUGCCUCCUGACCUAGAGAAACUCUGGAGUGACUUCAAAGAUCAGCAGAAAGCCGAAGGAAAAAUAAUUAAAAAGAGCAGCGGCUUCUCUGGCAAGGGGUUCAAGUUUGAUGAGACAGAGCAGGCUUUAGCCAAUGAGAGGAAAAAGCUACAAAAAGCUGCCCUUGGCCUGCAGGAUUCUGAUGAUGAGGACGCCGCAGUUGAUAUUGACGAGCAGAUUGAAAGCAUGUUUAAUUCCAAGAAGAGAGUGAAAGACAUGGCCGCUCCCGGCACAUCCAGUGCGCCUGCUCCGACUGCGGGCAAUGCUGAGAAGCUAGAGAUCGCCAAGAGGUUGGCACUUAGAAUCAACGCUCAGAAGAACCUGGGCAUCGAGUCUCAGGAUGUGAUGCAGCAGGCCACAAAUGCCAUCCUCAGAGGUGGCACUAUUCUGGCUCCCACCGUGUCUGCAAAAACCAUCGCAGAGCAGCUUGCCGAGAAGAUCAAUGCCAAGCUCAAUUACGUGCCUUUGGAGAAACAGGAAGAAGAGAGACAGGAGGGUGGGCAGAGCGAAUCUUUCAAGAGAUACGAGGAAGAAUUAGAAAUUAAUGACUUCCCACAGACGGCGAGGUGGAAAGUUACCUCUAAGGAAGCCUUGCAGAGGAUCAGUGAGUACUCUGAAGCUGCCAUCACAAUCAGAGGGACCUACUUCCCGCCUGGCAAAGAGCCCAAGGAAGGAGAGCGGAAGAUCUACUUGGCGAUUGAAAGUGCCAACGAGCUGGCUGUGCAGAAAGCGAAGGCAGAGAUCACCAGGCUCAUAAAAGAGGAGCUGAUCCGACUGCAAAAUUCAUACCAACCCACCAACAAAGGACGAUACAAAGUAUUAUAAACACCGGAGCUACUUUGUACCUGUGCUGUCUGUGACGUUUACAGUGUAUUGUAAAGUAAGACUUUUUAAAAUUCUGUCUUGCUUAUUUUUUAAGUACAAGAAACCAGUGUUUGUUCAAGAGGUCAUCUGUAAGUACUACCCUAUACCCAUCCAAACUCCAUUGAAAUCAGACCUGUUUUCAGAGUGUGAUGUUCUUCGAUGUAAACCUUAGCUACCAACACUUUAAAUGUCUGGAGGCAUUGGGAUUUUGUACUGAAUGCAGUAAUAAAGUGUGUCAGGCACUAAGGGACCACUGGCCUAUCCUUUCGGUGGAAUUGUGAUGUGCUCAUCGCCCGAGAACAGGUAAAGAAAGUCCUUGUCACUUCUUGUUGCUGCCUCUAAGCUUAUGUCUUCCUGGACAGAAUGGAGCGUAGUAACUGGAUCUCAGAAUAUUGGGGGAGAAGUUUACAUGACAGGCUCAGAGCUUUUCAUUUUAAUUUUAUCGGAAUGAUAAAUGAGUAAUAGUCAAGCCUUGGUUAUAAAAUUAAAAAGAAAAGUAUAAUGGGA